UCACAAUAGAUAUAGUUGAGGGGUCUUCAUACAAUUUUACCCCCAAAAACAUUUAUCUCUCUCCUCACAAAACUCCUCCCCCACAUUGAAUCCCCUCUUCACCCUCUCUAGUUGUUGUUGUUGUUGUUGUUGUUGUUGUUGUAGUAGUUUUUGUUAUUGUUGUUGUUUUUGUUGUUGUUACCAUCUUAUUGCUUCUCCCUUUUCCUCCUCUUUCUCAUUCCGUAAUCAAGGCCACAUCUUUUUCCCCUCAUCUAAUUUGUUGGGCUCUUCUCUGUGCACACCAACUGUUUGAUUCUUUGUUUGAUUGUUGUUAAGGAAGCUCAUUUAGAGGGGUAUUCAGGGUUGAGAAGGUUGGCAAUAUGUGGUGCUGCGGUGGUGUAGAGAAGGAGUCGCAUGGGCCGCCCGUGAACCACUACGCGGCUCCGCCGGCGCGACCGGCGGCUCCAGGUCCAAAUCGAGAGCAAAGAGCCCCAUAUCCACCCAAAAGUGCUGCACCUCAAAAGAUCUUGCCUAUUGAUGCUCCAGCCCUGUCUCUGGCCGAGCUGAGUCGGCUAACUGGUAAUUUUGGUGACAAUACAUUGAUAGGAGAAGGCUCUUAUGGCCGAGUCUUCUAUGCAACUUUAAGUUCAGGAGAAGCUGUUGCAGUGAAAAAGCUCGACCCAAAUGUCUCAAAUGAAUCCGACUCUGAUUUCUCUGCUCAGCUAUCAAUGGUUUCGAGACUAAAGAACGAGAAUUUUGUUCAGCUGUUGGGUUACUGCUUGGAAGCAAGUAGUAGGAUAUUGGUCUACCAGUUUGCGGCAAAAGGAUCUUUGCAUGAUAUCUUGCAUGGGAAAAAGGGUGUAAAAGGUGCUGAACCAGGUCCAGUACUGAGCUGGAUCCAGAGAGUGAGGAUAGCAUACGGUGCGGCAAGAGGCCUUGAAUAUCUACAUGAGAAGGUCCAGCCAUCAGUUAUACACCGAGACAUCAGAUCGAGCAAUGUUCUUCUUUUUGAUGAUUUUGAAUCAAAGAUCGCCGACUUCAGUUUGAACAACCAGUCUCCGGACUCGGCUGCCCGACUCCACUCGACCCGAGUUCUGGGGACUUUCGGCUACCAUGCUCCAGAGUACGCGAUGACCGGGCAACUGACUCAGAAGAGUGAUGUAUAUAGCUUUGGUGUGGUUCUUUUAGAGCUUUUGACAGGGAGAAAGCCAGUAGACCACACCAUGCCGAAAGGGCAACAGAGUUUAGUUACUUGGGCAACUCCGAGGUUGAGCGAAGACAAAGUUAAGCAAUGCGUCGAUCCGAAGCUAAACAAUGAUUAUCCACCUAAAGCAGUUGCCAAGUUGGCAGCAGUUGCAGCAUUAUGUAUCCAAUAUGAAGCCGAUUUCCGACCGAACAUGACGAUUGUCGUCAAGGCGCUCCAACCUCUUGUUAACACGAGAGCAGGACCCGACCAUUAAAUUGUAGAAUCACUUAUUUACUCUCCAAUUAUUGUUGUUUUUUUCACUUAAAUCCUUGUUUAGUUCCUUUUGUUGGUUGAGCUAGUUUUGCAAAAUUGGCGAUGCCGAUUUGUUGUAGCCUUUAAAUUUACUUACAAGGGACAUACCAGAAUAAGCUAGUAUUAUCCAAUACUUGAUCAAGGAACUUUGUGACUAUUACAAUAUUGUUUGUUAUAUGUAUUCUUUUUUUUUCUAAAUAUAUGAGAAUUUGUUCAUUAA